AUGGGAGACCCUUCCAAGUCCGCCGAAACCCUAUUCCCGAUGGAGACCGUCUUCCCGCAGAUCCCCGACGAAGCUUUCAAUCUGUUCCACUCAAUCGAUCGGGAACUGUACGCCCGCCUCGUCCAUAAUCUCCGGCGGGAUCCGGCGGAGUCCGUCGAGGUUAUAGGUUUCUGGAUGUGGCUCGAGAGGGAGACCACUAAUCUGAAGCUCGUUUUCAGGCUGCUCUCGGUGCCGCCCCCUUUUCUCAAUGACCUUGCCGACGAAACGGCGUCGUGUCUGAAGUUCAUCGCCGAUCAGAAUUACGAUAACAAUAACUAUUCUCAUUAUAAUAAUAAUAAUAAUCUCGGCGAUGGCAACAAGUUUGAGAUUCCCUUGUUGCGCGAAUUCCUGGGAAAUCCGGCGGUGGCUCUUCCCUUAUUUCAUCAGAAUCGGGUUUCGGUGCUUCAGGGGGUAGCCAGUGUCGUCAACACUGUCUGCGCGCGGGCUUUUGCUGACAUCAUCCCUCCGCCGCGUGGCGGCGGCGCCGGCGGUGGCUACCAGGUGGCGGCGCCGGUGCACGGUCCAGUGGUGUAUCAUCCUCAUCCGAACGCGCCGCCGUUUGUGCCGGGAGGUGGACUGGUCCAGGUUGCGUCGCCUGUGGCGGCAGGAGGAAUGGGGUUUUCGAUGCACGGGGUUGCACCACCACCGCCGCCGCCGCCGCCGGGGAGCUUUCCUCCUCAGGCAGGGAGGCGCCGCAAAGAAGUGUUGGGCGGCGGUGGUGAGGAAUCUAGGAAAUUUGCAGCAGGAGAAGUGCCGGUGGAUGAUCGAACAAUUUUCUUGACAUUCUCCAAGGGCUACCCUAUAAGCCAAGAAGAAGUCAAGGAGUUCUUCUCUAGAAAAUUUGGGGAUUUCAUCGAGGACUUGAUAAUGCAAGACGUGGGAGGAGAGGAGCAAGUGCUGUACGCGAGAAUGGUGGCGCGGGUUGACGCCAUGGGAGUGGUGCAAGAAAUAGUCGGGGGAAACAAUAAGGCUAAGUAUUCCAUAAACGGUAAGCAUGUCUGGGCAAGAAAGUAUGUGAAGAAGCAACAUCUGCAGCAGCUCAGGGAAAGCAGCACUGGAGCAGGAACAGGAACAGGAGAUUCUUCUUCUGCUUAA